AUGUUUACAUCAGCAUUCGGCAUACUACUUGCAAUCUUGUCCAUAAUGAACAAAAUCAAGCAAAAGCUCCAAACAUUUGCAAAAAUUAGGCAACUUCACACAAUCAUAUCUCAGGAAACCAUUAGACCAUCUUCCCCAACACCUCCGCACCUGAAAACUCAUAAUCUUUCGUUUCUUGAUCAGUUUUCUCCUGACAUGCACACGCCAUUUGUUCUGUUCUACCGGAACUACAAAACUGUUGACACCAACGUCUUAAAGCAAUCCUUAUCACAGUGCUUAACACAGUAUUACCCCUUCGCCGGUAGAAUUCCAACCCCUUUUUUACCUUACAUCAACUGCAACGACGAAGGGGUAGAAUUCCUUGAAGCUUUUAAUUAUAGCCCCAUCGACGACUUCAUUCACAAGAAGGAGCAAAACGAAACCCUAGACCAACUCUUUCCUUAUGGUCUCAGCUGUACUCUUCGUGCUUCUUGCCCUAAGUUGCUCGAUGUCCAGCUGAACCAUUUUGCUGGUGGUGGAGCAGCAGUGGCUGUGUCCAUGUCGCACAAGCUUGCUGAUGGAGCCACCUUUGCCAACUUCAUCAACCAUUGGGCUACUGUUACACGUUGUCAGCCACCAGUAAAUCCAUCUUUCACCUCAUCCUCCACAAGUAAUAGCGUUAGGUUGCCUAAGUUCAUUAUUAAGGACUUGGAUAAAGUAAAGUAUGCUACAAGGAUAUUUGUGUUUCCUAAUUCAAAACUAAAUGAGCUGAAGAAGAAGGUUGCUGCCACCGGAAAAGCUCCAACGAACCCUUCUCGAGUUGAAGUGUUGACGUCUUUAAUAUUUAAACACGCAGUGAGUGCAGCAGCAACAAAGUCAGAUUCUUUGAAACCAUCAAACUUGUCUGUAGCUACGAACAUGAGGAACAAGUUUGUUGAAAACUAUCCUGAAACAGCAGCAGGAAACUUAUUCACGUUAGCGAUAGCAAAGAUGGAGGAAUUUGGUGAAAUCAGGUUGAGUGAGGUGAUUUCUGAGGUAAGGAAGGCAAAAAUGGGUCUUGAAGGAAUGAGAGAUGAGCAAGAAGUAGUUGAAAAGUUGCUAAACACAUUCUCCACCUUAAAGGGUGAUAUUUAUUAUAGUUCAAGCGUGUGUAGGGUUCCAUUUUAUGAAGUGGAUUUUGGGUGGGGCAAGCCACAAGAAGUUCUAUUAAGAAUUCCAAAUGUGGACGAGAAUACUAUCAUUUUGAUGGAUACUCCAUCCGGAGAUGGUAUUACAGCACAUGUGCAUCUGCCAGAAGAAGAAAUGGCCAUUCUUCAUAAGGACAAAGAGUUUGUUAGUUAUCUUCAAGACAUCUAA